GUACGUGCACUGUCGGUCGCCCCAGUGGCUGCAGCAUCUGGAGGAGCGGCUCUCAGCCCAUCCCCACGCGGCCAUGGGCGAGGCAGGCUUGCAUCGUAGCAGGAAAGCCAGCAGCGCUAGCAGCGGCAGCAGGGGGGCAGCGAUGGAGGAGCAGGUAUCGGUGAUGUGCCAGCAGCUAAAGCUGGCUCGCCGCUUGCACCGCCCCAUCGCCCUGCACUGCGUUCAGGCGUAUGGUCACAUGCUCACAGCCCUGCAGCAGCACGGCCCAUUUCCAGCAGGCGUCAUUCUGCAUUCUUUCAACGGCCCUCCAGAAAUGAUUUCAGCGCUCGUUACUCUGAACGCCUUCUUCUCCUUCUCCCGCCUCUCCGCCUCCUCUCCCCCACACAAGCUCGCACACCUGCUGCAGCAG